ACAUAUUUAUUAUUUUAAUAUAUUAUUGUUAUUAUUUAUUACAAGUGAAAUAAGUGAGAUAAUUAUUUAAACAAAAAAAAAAAAGAAAGAAAAAAAGUAAGAUAAUUACAGAGAGAAACAGGUGCAGAAUGGGUCACAAGAUGCUGCUACCAGGUCGUAGACUUGAAAGUCUUGUAUAUUCUCUCAACGUCAUUGGAUUUUUACUGAUAGCAUUGCCUCUGGUAGCUAUUUCACAAGCUGACUCAAGAGAAUUAGAUUGGAAAAGAAGUGAAAAAAGAGUUAAUCAAAUCGUUGCUUCUGAAUUACUACGUCCAAGUAUACUGACAACACCUAUUGGUCAACUUACAAAAACAACACGAACAUUUGUUCAAGACGGUGCUAGUACUGAAUACGUGACUGAAAUUCUUGGCUCUACUUUUGAUGGACGGGGUUAUGCUCAAAUAUUAUCUACUUCUAGUCGUAUUUUUUAUGAAAAAGAUAAUUCAUUACCAGAACAAACAAGUCCAUAUUUGGUAUAUCCAUCAGCUAGUUUGGUACAAAAUAAAUGGAAAUUAGAUGAUGGUAUUAGUGCAGCAAAACCAUCUGAUAUUAUAUUAUCAACUCCAUCAUUAAAUAAUCAAAUUGAUCAAUUAAAAAAUCAAGAAAAUGAUAUAUUUGAAGAAAAACUUGAAUUUAAUAAUGAUUUAGAUAAAAAAUUUCAACCAUCUAGACCAUUAGUUAAUUUACCUACAUAUACUGUUAAACAUGAUACAGUAAAAUUAUCAAAUUCUGAUUUUGAUUUUGAAAAAGAUAUUAUACAUGAUGAAGAUGUUAAACCAUACAGAGUUAAAACUCCAAAAAUGCUUAAUUCUGAAGUUAUACAAGAUACACCAAAAAAUGAACCAUUAAAAUCUCUUGAGACAAUUACUUAUUAUGGAUUUGCUGAUUUUAUGACAACUGUUGGAAGAACAGUAAUUGUAUUUUCACCUAGUACAUCAUCAUCUUCUAUGGAACGUAUAGCAACAACAAUUGCUGGUGAUGCUACUUUAAGAUCAGCAGAUGGUGGUGGAGUUAUGCCAUUUACAUCAUCUAUCCAAGCAACCAGAGCUUAUCCAAAAAGUACUUCAGUUAUUGUACCUGAUGAGAUAAAUCCAACUAUAACAUUAAAAACAAUUGAAUCUACAUCAUCAAUAAAUAUCAUAGAUGAUCAAGAAAAUAUGUAUUCCACAACUCCUGGUGAUAUGGAUGAUUCACAAAUGUUAUUUAAUUUAUCAGAUGAUAAUGAUUCUUCAAAUACAGAAAGUCCACCAUAUGAACAAAAAGAUAUUAAAGAUGACUCUUCUAAAACUUCAGUUGUACAAUCGGUAUCUAGAAAAGUAACAAGUUCUAGUAAUAAUCCUGAAACAACGACAAUGGAUGAGAAUUUAACUAGCUUUGAUGAUGAACCAAAAUUUACAGUUCAAACUAGUAAAAAUUCAUCAAGUACAACAUUGACAACUGUGUCACCUUUAAAUUCUGAAGAUAUUAAUGACAUUGUUAAUCUCAGUGGUAGAAAAUUAAAUGGUUGUAAAUCGAAAAAUCUAUUUGGAAAUAAUGGUAAAGAAUUAUCAAAUGAUUGCACAACUAUACUUUCUCCAUCUUCAACACAAAGAGUAUUUACUGAUAGUACAACUAUUUUUAUAGAUGAUAUAAUCAGUGAAGAUAAUAUUACAACAUCAAUUGAGCCUUCCAAAACAAUAGAUACUUCAAGUUCCACUUAUCAAACUCAAGAAACAAGUGAUAUAAAUCUUCCACAAAAAUCACAAACGUUAUUAUUGUCUACCAUUGAUUUACCAGUGGAAAUUAUAAAUUCUACUGAUUCAGUAUAUGAUGAAAUUCCAGUGACUAAACGUGAAGAGUAUGAAUUAAUUUUUAAAACUUUAUACACUACAUACACGUAUUUAACGACAUUUUUCCAAGAUUCAACAUCAAAUGUAUCAAGUCGAGAAGUCAUUGAAACAAAUGUAGUAACACAAACAGUUCAAUCUGGAGAUUCAACAGAUGAAAUUAUUUCUAUUACUCCUACUAAGCCAUUGGACAUGGAACUUCGAAAAACAUCAACACAAUCACCACUACUAAACGAGGAUGACUAUGAAGAAUUUACGACUGACAAUGUGAUGGCUUCAAAAUCAAUUGUUACUGAUCCUACACCUAGUACUAUUCAAACCAAGUACCUUGAAGAAGCUCCAAUAGAAGGAAGUUUUGAUGAAUCCAUUAAUCUAGAACCAAGCCCAAUGCUUGUUGAUGGAAUUGAUGGAUUUGAGACAAAAACAUACUUCACUACAUACACAUAUUUUACAACAGUUUUUGUGGAUGAUGAGAUUGAAAUUGACACAAGAACAGAAGUAUUUAGUAAUAUUGUUACAGAGCCAAUGAAAACAACUACAAAAAUGGAAAUUAUAACAACAAAAAUAAAUGAUAUGCCUACAACACCAGCUGAUAUGAAACCAAAAGAACAAGCAGCAGUUCCAUUAGAAAUAUUAGCUUAUCUUGAAGCAUUAAAAAAUAAAAAAUUACAAGAAGAAAAACUCGUGACACCAACAAAAGAGAUAACACCAUCUCAAAAUGCAACAGUUUCAAGUUCUCAAACUGAGACAAGUCAAAAAAUGAUUGUAACAGCAACAACAAAUUCAACCGAUAAAGAAACCCUGAAAUCAAUAAUUUCAGGUAUUUCUUCAACUUCAACGUCAAGCGAUGGUCCACGUUUUGUUUCUUAUGCUGAUAAAGAUGUUGAAGUGAAUCAAGAUGAUCAAGAACUUUCAGAAUCAAAUCAUCAUGAUGUAGAGCCAGUACCAACUGUUAUUUUACGAACAAGUUACACAACUUUUACUUAUUUUACGACAAUGUACAAAGGUGAAGAUACAAAUGUCGUUUCACGUCUUGAAACAGUGACAAAAGUUAUGACAGAAACAGUAGGACCAACAAUGGCAAUUGAAUCACCAGUAGCUCUUGAAACUAGCUCACUUCCAGUUACUUAUUUUACUACUUUUACAUAUUGGACAACAUAUUAUCAUGCUGGUAGUACUGUUACAACUAGCCGAGAAGAAACUGUUAGUAAUUUAGUUACACCUGGUGUAUCACCAACACCAAGAGUUCAACUUGGAGUUAUACAGACUUAUAGACCUGAUUUACCAACAAUGACUCUUGAUGGAAUUGAAAAAGUACGUAAAGAAGAGACAGACAAUGAAGUCAUGCGACAAGAUCGUGAAAGUUUAAAUAAUUCACCGGUAAUUCAAACAAGUAUACUUACACCUUCUAUGAUUGAAGAAAAAGCACCGUCAUCUUCUGAUUCUGAGGUAACUUCAACAGUAAAUAUUGAACCAACAACUUAUUACACAACAUUUACGUAUUUCACAACUUCUUAUUUGGGUAAUCAAACAAUUCUCAACUCUAGACAUGAAACAAUAACAAAUGUUGCAUUAGGUGAUAUUUCUAAAGCAACUGGAAGAGCCAUAAAUUUACCAGCUUCUGGUAUACAAAAUUUACAAUUUGAAGAUAAAAUUCGUAAUGCUGAAAUUAAACCAACAAAAACAGUUGAUGAAUCAAAAAUUGGAAUACUUUCAACUAUUAGAUCAAGCAAAAUUUCCGAUGAAACAACUACACAUUUUCUUACUGAUGUAUAUGGUACUUAUAUUGAUGGGCUUUAUGCUCAAUUAGUAAGGAGUUCAAUUAGUCUUGAGGGUCCAAAACCAUCACAAACUACUACUGCAAUAAAUUCUGGUAGUUCAGAUAUAUUAAACAAAACAGUAUUUUUAAAUGAAGGAACAAUUAUUGAUGCUGAUGAGGUAACAACAAUUUAUUUUACUACUAGUCAAUUUGUUAAGCCUGUUGACAAUACUUAUACUACUCUUAUUGAGAGUACAUCAAGUACAAAAAUUGACUUGGAAAAAAAUAAAACUUUGACAUCUUCUAAGGAAGCUGGUCAUAAAACUGGACUAGUUAGAUUAAUCAAAGGUCAAAUUAAAACAAAUGGUGAAACAUUACUUUAUCAAUCAAAAGUUAUUGGUACGUCAAUUGAUGGUAGAUAUGCACAAAUAAUAGAAAGUACAACAAGUUAUUUAAUAUCUCCAACAUCAAUAUCACCAAGUGUUACUGAAACUCAAUAUUCUACUACUGGUAUUUUAUCACCAUCACCAGAAGUUCUUCAAGGAUCAAAACCCAGUAAUAAAGAAAAUGAGCCUGUAGAUGAAUCUGAUGAUGAAGGACAAAAAGAUGAUGAAGGUAAUUCUGAUAAUGAAGAAGAAGAUGAUAAUGAUACAUCAAAAAAAAAGUCACGUUUAACAUUUUCAAGUAGAAAAAGAACAUUUACUCCUAUUAUAAGACCAUUUUUGUCUCGUAAUAGACCAAAUUUCAAUCCACUUAAGAGGAAAAAUGCUCAAGGAGCAACAACAAUAACUCGAAGUGAUAUUACACCAACAAUAACUGCAACUUUGGCUGCAAGUAAAAAUAGAGGAUUCCUUUCAAGUCGUGGCAGACCUGUGUCAUCAUUAUCAUCAUCAUCAUCGUCUGCAGCUUCUAUCAGUCCAUCUCGACGAUUUUCAGGACGUAAAAGUUUCUCAAGUUCUUCGUCAACUCCUACAUUUACAUCUAGUGUGCGAGGAAGAGCUUCAGGUAGAAUAUCCUCAUCUCCAACUUUUGGAGGAGAUAGACGACUUGGUUCUACAAUCAAAGGAUCAUUUGCAAAACCACUUAAUAGAGGAUCAAGUUCACUAUAUGUUGGAGGAGGUUCUUCUCGGUAUAGAGGCCCAAUCAGAUCAACAUCUGUUGAACAAUCAAAGCUGACUCCAUCUUCAACUCGGUCAUAUCAGUCUGCAAAAUAUGAUAGUGAUCAGGACAACGAUGCAAAUGAACCUUUUAUGACUACAUUAUCUUCAAUAGAAAAUCUAAAUAAUAAUUCUGAUGAUUUAAAAUCUGAAAUUAAAGAAAUUACUGAAACAAUUCCAGUAGAAUUACCAAAAAAAAAAAAUACUCUUGUAAAAUCUCGCAUAAGUCCAAAUAGAUCUCCCAAGUCUUCACCGUUACCAUCUACAUCAUCCAGAAAAAACAUAUGGUCACAGACUACUACUGUGGCUUCUUUAAUAAACAAUGGUUCAAUUAAUUACCAUCUGCAAAAUGUUCCACAUGGAUUUAGAAAAGAAAAUGACAAUAAUCGUUUUUCAUAUGAAUCUACAAGUUUUCCAAAUUUAUCAGAAGCUGAUGAAUUUUUAGAUAAUACUGAAGCAAGAUCAAAAAUAAAUAGUCAAAUAGAAAGAAUAAAUUAUAAUCAAGAUAACCAAAAUACAGAAACAGUUAAUAAUGAUUAUGAAGGUUCAUCAUCAACUACUGAUGAAUUAAAAAAAGUAGACAAUACGUAUCAGGAUAAUCAAGCUUUUAAAAGACCAAAUAAUCCAAGAUUAAGUAAUAGAUUUGUUGUAAAACGACGACGUAUUCGUCGUCAAGCAAAUCAGCUACGUUCAUAUCAAUCAAAUAGAUACAGAAAACUUGGAUCUUUGUCUACAUCAACAGAAUCAGGAAUUGAUAGCUCAAAUACAGGAAGUAAUGAUGUAUUAGCUACUAAAUCUUCUAGUCUUCAAAAUAAUGGUAAAAAUAGAAUUGUUUCUUCAGCUCUUCCAAGAAAUAAUGAAAAACACUACAGUGAAACAAGUGAAUUACGUACACGAUCAAAAAUUCGACCAGCAACUAAUCAAAGAGUUCAACCAAGCUCAAAAUCAAAUGGUCGUCAAUUUACAUUACGAGAAAAAAGUACAACAGUACCUCCAACUUCAUUCAAUUCAAAACAAGAAAAUUUUCGACGACCAACAAAAUCACGUGGACGUCUUAGUACAAAACGGACAACAGAAGCUACAUUUGAACCAAGCCGUAAAGGAACAUCAAGAACAUCUUCAAUGAGAACUCGUAAUACAAGUCGACGAACUUCACAAAAAGGUUUAAGCAGAUCACGUGAUGAUAUAUCAGCAAAUAAAGAGAAUGAAAAAAUAACUGUUACUCAUUAUAUUCCAACUGAAGCAACUAUUCCAAUAUUGAAUAAUGGAGAAACAGAAUAUCGUAAUAUAAUUACAGGUAGCCCAAGUGUUGAAGUACUUAAUCCAAAUGGUUAUAGUACAAUAAUUGGAGUUGAUGGUAAAGAAUCAUUGAUAAUUGCAACUGAAUCAAGUGGAAUUAAUCAAAAUGGACAAACUGAAUUUACACAAUUUGUUUUACACAGUACACCAACAAGUCGUGUUUCUCAUACAUUAGUUACUUUGGGAGGUCGACGUGUAUCUCAAUCUUUAAUUGUUCCAUCUACAAUUUACUCAGUUGAAAAUGUAAUUUCAACACUACCAGCAGAAAAAAUGAAUGCUGAAAGUCAAGCUCCUUUGGCUAAUUUAUUGCUUUCUCAAUUAUUACUCAAUCAAUUUGGACAAUUUAAUAAAGGAAAUUUAUUAUUAGGAGCUAGUGAAACUAAAAUUGCAGAAGCUAUUCCAACAACAAGUUAUAAUACUCGAACAACUACAUACGUAACGACACUUACAAAAGAACAAAGUACAGUGAUUCCUUUAACAUUUAGAGGAAAAGAAAUUUUAACAACUCUUAUUGAUCAUUCAACUGAGGUAGUCACAGCAACAGAAUUUUUAACGGAUACAGUUGUAAUAACACCAACAUCUACACUACCAGCAGCUAAUUUAGAUUCACUUCUUUAUUUACUUAAUCAAUCUCCUCAAGGAUUACAACAACCAAUAAAAAGUCCACUUGUAUUGAUGACUCCAACUAUUAUACAAAGUGAAAUAUUUGCAAAUGAGGGUGAACGUCAAUAUCAAUCUCUCAAUUUGUAUGAUGAACAAGUACUGGAGCCUUCUGCUAAAGAACAACCUGCUGAACAAAGUGUUAUUACAGUUUAUGUUUCGGGAAAAAGACCUGGUGAAUUUCGAACAGUUCUAUCAACAGUUAAACUUAAUGAUGCAAUGAGUACAAGAAGCAAAAGAAAUACUUUAGCUCCAGUUGAGCCAUCAAUUAUAUUGCAAACACUUGAACAGCCUGAAGCAACUUCUACAAAACUCAGUCCUAGUGAAGAACUUCCUAAUACUCAUAUACCAACUCAGAGUCUUGAAAGUAUUGUAGGUGACGUUGGACGCCAUAUUUUUGGAUCUACUGAUAUUUAAUUUUACUUAUAAUCUCAUAAAAUUCAUACAUGCAUAAAUAUGUAUAUCUAUUUAGUUUUAAUUAACAAAUUCACUGACAUUUAAAAUCAUUAUUUCAUAUUUUCAUUUUUAGUUUUAAAUUAAUAUUAUAUUUGA